CGGACGCCCGGCCCCCUCCAGCAUCAUUUCCGGGACGUAGUGAAGGAAGCAGCGGGGAGAGACGGCCGGGCACAGCAGCUGCAGGAGGGGGUUCUAGUUUAUGGCAUCUGAUUAAACAUCUGACAUAAAGAGGACCCCAUGUCUUUUCUUCGCUGGGUUUCAGACCGAAUCCUUGUUGAUGGCUUUAGGGAGUUGGAGUUUUUUGGAGCUGAGCGGAUCCUCCUCUCCCUUCCUCCAGACUCGCAUAUAGGGGACUCUCGAAGGAAAGCCAAUGAGGCGGCCAGUGUGGAAUCUAUAGCAUCCUGUCGCAGUCCGGACGCCAUGGGGGUAUACACUCCGGACAGCAGUUGCUAUGAGUUGCUCACUAUCAUAGGAAAAGGCUUUGAGGACCUGAUGACAGUCAAUUUAGCUCGUUACAAGCCAUCUGGAGAGUAUGUUUGCAUCAGAAGAAUUAAUAUGGAGUCCUGUACCAAUGACAUGGUUGCUUUCCUGCAGACUGAACUUCACGUGUCAAAGCUGUUCAAUCACCACAACAUCCUCCCUUACAGAGCAACAUUCAUAGCGGAUAAUGAGCUUUGGGUGGUCACACCGUUUAUGGCGUAUGGAUCAGCCAAAGAUCUGAUCUGCACACACUUCACAGAUGGCAUGAAUGAGCUGGCAAUUGCCUAUAUCCUGCUGGGAGUGCUGAAAGCCUUGGAUUACAUACAUCACAUGGGAUAUGUACACAGAAGUGUAAAGGCCAGUCAUGUUCUGAUCUCUGUGGACGGGAAGGUGUAUCUCUCUGGUCUGCGCAGCAUUCUUAGUAUGAUCAACCACGGACAGCGUCUUAAAGUCGUUCAUGACUUUCCAAAGCACAGUUCCCAGGUCCUUCCCUGGCUCAGUCCUGAACUUUUGCAGCAGAACCUGCAGGGAUAUGAUGCCAAAUCUGACAUCUACAGUGUGGGGAUCACAGCAUGUGAGUUGGCUAACGGGCAUGUGCCAUUCAAAGAUAUGCCAGCUACUCAGAUGCUCCUAGAAAAGUUGAAUGGCACAGUGCCCUGCCUGCUGGACACGGCUACUAUCCCAGCAUCUGAACUCACCAUGAAGACCUCUCGCUCAGGAGCAGACUCUGGCAUUGGAGAGGGGACUUCCUGUCGUCCAGCCAAUGGGGAUCCCAGCAUGCACCCUUAUAACCGCAGCUUCUCCCCACAUUUUCAUAACUUGGUAGAGCAGUGUCUACAGAGGAACCCUGAGCUCAGGCCGAAUGCUAGUACCCUGCUCAAUCAUUCCUUUUUCAAACAGAUAAAGCGCAGAGCAUCAGAAGCCCUCCCUGAGUUGCUACGUCCUGUAUCCCCCAUCACCAACUUUGAGGGAGCCAGAAGUUCGGCCCCACAGGCUAUGAUGGAAUUGGUGUCUAACCUGGAACAUCUGGAUGUGGAUGAUUGGGACUUUUAACAGAGAAAAAGGGAGAGAUUGGGAUGACUCAAAUCCCGUAAAUGUUUACACAGCACGGACCAUAUGGGGGUCUUACUUAUUAUAGGCGCACGAGGAAAUGUACCACCAAAGCAUUUGAGUUGAUGCAGACAACACUGGCACAUGUGUUAGUGACUUCACUGUAAAUGUUUCCCCAGAGACUAGCACACACUGCUCCAUAUUAUUCUGUCAAUUUUUAGUUAACCUGGAAAGCACUGUAUGAAUAUUAGCACUGUCACCCUCAUGGUCAGGGCCCUGAACGGCCUUCUGUACAGGUGUUCGCACAUGCUUUUUGUGGAAAAGCAAGGAGGGGGGUCAUAUGCUAGCUAUAAGAGCCUUAAGCCUUUUUAAAAUACAUUUCACACCACCUCAUCUAAAGGCAGCUUCUGAUUAUUUUAAACGUGAUGUACAUGUGCAUUUUUUUUGUAAUGCUUCAGUUUUAUAGAUCUAUUAUUUGUGAUGAGGGAAAAGGUAUGGGUGGUGAUAUACCUGUUGCUGUAAAAGUGAGUUUGAAAAGUAGUAGAAGAGAGCAAAUUAAGAAUAGUGGUACCAGUAUGCUGAACAUUGGUUUAAGAUUAUGUAUAUACAGUUGUAUUAGGUGGGUGGGUGGUACUUUAGAACUGGAAAGAGUUAUAGGAGAAAGGACACACACCUAAAUACAUGUUGUGACCACAUCCAGAAAAAGGUCAGACUUGUCUUUAAACUUUCAACUCCGUGGCUACUCACAAAAGCAUGAGUGUGUUCUGAGGAGUAUUCAUAAAUUGGAGUUACUUUAGUAUUACUUUUGUCUACUCUCAAUUUUAAAUUGCACUUUACUAUUCCCCUAUAUGCAGUACAGCUAACCAGCCCAUCUAUUGACAGGUUCUGUCUGCCUAAUCAAAGGCACAAGUUUAUACGGAGUACCGACAGAACCUCAGUGAGUAGAAUGACUGCACUCUAAAACACUGGUUCUCCUUCAAAAUGGUUGCCUGCAGUGGUUUAAAGAGAUUGGGCAUGUUUAGGUCCAUUUUUGUUUUGUUUUUGAAUAAGUGUUUAAAGGUCACAUUAUUGAGGACAUUGGCAGAAAGGUUUGUACUGCGGAUUGUACCUGAAUUGCCAUUUUUUUUUUCCACAUAAACAUGACUGUUUCUGAUUUUUUGUUUAGAAUGUGGUGUAUAUAAUACCCUGCAAGUUAUAGGGCAGCACCGAGAUGUUAGCGAGUUAACCACUACAUUUAAAACACCUUUUUUAAAAAUAGCUUUAAAGCUAGUGGCUAAAUUUGCGACAUCUCGUGGCUAUUACACGAGUCUCUUCACAAAUAAUUGGAAGCUGAUUUUUAACUAAACAUACAUUUUCUGCUUGAGGAAAAAAAACUAGGCAGUUUUAGUUAAAGUCAUCAGUCUGUUAGAGGGUGAAGCGAUAACUAGAUCUUUGCAAAGACCUUGACAAUAAUAGUAAUAAAAAUCACUAUUUGCCUGAGUGUUUCUGGCUAUGACAGAUUGGCGUGCCAAACAGGCAGAUGUGAUAUAGUUAUCGCUUUGUGUUAGCAUAGUAUUGCAGAAUAAUAAUAAUGGUGUGUUAAUUGAGCGUAAAAGGGGAAACGCUCAUUUAUGGGGGAAUUCAAUUAGCCGCGGUAAGUAUCAUGGACUAAUUGAUUCCCCGGGGCUAUCCAAAUAAAAUCCCCAAUAAUCAGCCCCGUUUUCGCUCUCGCAAAACCAAACAGGUCCAUGACCUUAUCACAGAUUCUGUGCGUUUUUGCCUGAAAAUAGACUAGAAACCCCCCCCCCCCCACCCUCCCUUUUUUUUUUUUUUUUUUAUUCACGCUAUAAAAAUUAUUGGGGCAUUUUGAAUUCCUGAAGUCUAGUUUAAACAUUUAAAAUAAAAUUCUAUUUAACAGUAGGUACACUUUAAAUAUUGAAUGGCUUUCAUCUUGCUUGGAAAACAACCUAACCCUCAACCACUACAUAAAGAUUACAGCAUUUAAAUCAGGCAAGGCGUCAGCUGAUUAUAUUAAUCUGUAUUUUUAUUCCCACCUAGUCAGAAAGUAAGAAAGAGGGGAAAUAUUGGUCUAUUUAAAGUUUACCUCCUUCAGUGUUUGUCUUGACACUUUGAUUUGGAGAAUAAAUUUGUGUGUGUAGAUCCUCUCUCUUGAAUAAAAGGCAAGAAUGCAACUUUCAUACAGUGCGUUGUAAUUCAGAAUGCCUAGAGAAAAUACUGAUUUCACAGAGGUGUGUACAUAUUUUUAGAGAAUCCCAAGUGUGUAAAUUUAGUUUUUAUGAUUAGGAUGAGUACAGGGACGGUUGCCCUUGCCGUGGUAUGACUGUACAACAUCAGGUUUCCUCAAGAAAUCUUAUGCACUAUUUUCUGAGACAAUCAUAUUUCCUUAUAUGCCAUAAAGUUUAUUCAUUCACCCCUCACAACCAGCAGCCUACAUCAUCCAAAAUACAAAGCCAGCAUCCGCUAGAACCCUGUAUUUGGGUAACCGUGACUCCCACUCAUAAAGGUUGGACACUGUACAAGUGUAGACCAUCUAAUUUGGUGUAUUAAGUUACAAGUUGGAGAUAACGUUACACACAUUUUGUUGCCAAAAUGCAUACAUUUAAAUAUUUCACAUUAUUCUGAAAAUGACCACACCGCUAUACAUAUGUUUUACUUGCAGUAUUAAGCAUUGUAAUGUGAACAUUUACAAUAUUGUAUUGACAAAAGAGGGAUGGGGUAAAAAAGAAAUUGGCACCUGUGGCAUUAUUAAAAAGUGGUCUCUGUCUAACAAAUAUGAUGUUUUGUAAGUAAAAGAACUACAUUUUGUAAAAUAA